UUGCUUGAGCUUCAUUGCUUUUGGUGGUUCGCAGACGCAUCAACUGGUUUGUGGAGCGCUUGCAUUGUCCUUGGAAUUAUCUGAAGUUGGCGAGAGAUCGGCGAAACUUUUCUGAAAUUUUUCGGAGGCAAAUUUUACAGAGAGAGUGCGUCACGUGUUUGACACUGUCUGGCAGGCUUGAGUUAUGCCCAGUUUUUAUGCAAUAAACCUUGCGAAGGUCUCUGGAGAAGGUGGUUAGAUUUCUUUGAGGGGGAGCUAGCAUACACUGAGUUUCAAGCAGGUGGAUGGCGAUGGCGUUAGGAGCAGGAUGGACGCCGGAUGCUGGAAGCGUAGGCUGGGAUGAAUUGCGUAAGCAGGCGAGGAGACUAGAAAGCGAGCUGGACGUGAAACUUGCAUCAUUUCAGAGAGGUCAGAAUGCUCCAGCAGUUGAUGGCCAAACUGAUGGAAACGAGGUGGAAAUUGAAAGAUUGCUACAACAUCUGAACGACGUUAAUGUGCGCAUGCAGAACUGGGUGUCGGAUGCAGGUUCCGAUGUCCUGUCGCACACACUUGUGCGGCACCAGAAUAUUUUGCAUGAAUUGAGUCAGGAAUUUGCAAGAAUACGUGUCACUGCGAAUGCUAAUCGAGAACGCGCACAGCUUCUACAACACUUCGGCGGGACUGGUGAGAGUAAGGGCUUUCUGGAUGACCGGGGUAACGGAUUACAAUCUUUAUUUCGCGAGCAAGCGAAUAUUAACAGAAGUACAGCCCAGAUCGAUUCUGUAAUCGGACAUGCUCAGGAAACGUACACUGCCUUGAGGUAUCAAAGGUCUACCUUUAGGGAUAUAACCUCCAAAAUUGGUGCGAUCAGCACCAGAAUGCCCUCGGUUAAUAAAGUUUUGACUGCAAUCCGACGUCGAAAGUCUCGUGACACGUUCAUUGUUGGAGCGGUGACGGUCUUUUGCCUCGUUAUGCUCCUCUUGUACUGGGUUGCAAAAUGAUUUAGGUCCAGAUACGCAUCUCGAGGAUUCGACAUUUCAUUUUACUCUCCUACACAAGCACAUUAGCUGUACUUCUAUUCAACACAUUUCUCGUCCGCCAUAUCUAGCCAGGUAACCUCAAUAGAAUCAUCGAAACAUGUUCGGAGGAGAGUUCGUGUCGAAGGGUUUUACGCAGACUUGGCGACUGACAGCGAGCUAAACAUCGCAAAUUUUCUGAUACUCCCUUUCAGGAUUUUAACGCGCUUGAGGAUUUGGCCACCACUGUGACUCGCCAAAGCUGGUCGCUUUGACUAAUCAGAGUUACUUUGCUAUCUUCAGUCUGAUUUUAAGCUUUGUAACACAAUCAAUAUUGAGGGUAGACUCAAAAUAUGUGAAGAGUCUGCAUUUAUGACGUCCAACAAGUAUGACUGAGAUGGUGUUGUAGACCUGUAACAGUGGACAGUUGAAGUGAAGUGCUAAGCACAUGAGUUAGUCUUUAUUAUUGCCAUGUCAUUAUCAAACAAGACAUGUAUUCUUAUGCUUAUAAGUAUUAUUAUGAACUUGCAAAACAGUGUUCUGAGUA